ACUACGUCAAACUAUAAAGGAAAAACAACAUAUGAAACUUCAUCACAAACGAACGUUCCGUCAACUUUAUACUUAUAUUACAAGUGAACGUCCUUUCCAAAUUAUCAGAAGUGAACAUUCCUUCAACUUACACGUUAAAUUCCCCAUCGACUUUGAGUUUAUCGAGUGAAGAAGUGCCAUAUAUUUCAUGUAUCGACAAAUCUUCAGGUAUAUCUGAGGAUUAUUCUAUUCCACAACAAUCUUAUUCUGAAAGUGCUGUAAUAUUGACGCCAGAAACUAACAAUUUGGCAGUUACGACAACGGUUUGGAAGAGAAAGGAAAAAAGUAAUCCAAUCACGUAGUCGCUCAGACGCUGGAGUUAACGAACAGACUUACACGCUGUGACAUCACAACUGUUGUUUGUGGUUAUAGAGAUGGACUUGAAGAAAUUAGGUCUUACAACCCUCUUUAUUUUAUUAAGGCAUCAAAGUAUUUUACUGCAAAUUGCUUUGCAAACACAGAGAGUGAAAACAAGACGUUGGUGGAUCAGACCACUUAAUAAAAAGAAACAUCACGGAUUCAUGUGUAACCUAUUUCGCGAAAUUAGAUUAACUGACCAUGAAGAAUUUUUUGGUUACACCCGGCUUUGGCCUGAACAAUAUGAAAUACUACUGAGACUAGUAACUCCUUAUUUGAGAAAGCAUAGUAUACGAAAAUCUUUUUCGCCUCAUGCAAGAUUAGCCGUAACUUUGACGUAUCUUGCCCAAGGUGAUACUGUGCAAAGUAAACAUUUGGAAUUUCGCAUGGGGAAAUCGACAGUAUAUAAAAUUAUAUAUGAAGUUUGCCAAGCAAUAUGGCUCGCUCUUCAACCUAUUGUUUUACCCACAUUAAAUGCUGAAAAAUGGAAAAAGAUAAGUGAAGACUUCUUUCUUAAAUGGCAAUUUCCAAAUUGCAUUGGGGCACUUGAUGGCCGCCAUAUGGAAAUACAAACACCUCCAAACUCAGGGUCUUAUUUCUACAACUAUAAAGGAUAUUUUAGCAUUGUCCUCCUGGCGAUGUGUGAUGCUAAUUACAAAUUUACAUGGGUCGAUGUUGGUCAAUUUGGUUCAUUAAGUGAUGGUGGCAUAUGGAGUCAGACAGAUUUGGCUGUUGAUUUAGAAAAUGAUACAGCAGGCUUACCUGAACCCACUCCUUUACUACAAAGAAAUAUUCCUUUUCCGUAUGUUGCUGUAGCUGACGAAGCAUUUCCGUUAAAACCGUAUUUAAUGCGUCCUUUUCCAAGAAAAAUGAAUAAAAUGACAAACGAAGAGCGUGUAUUUAACUAUCGCUUAAGCAGAGCAAGAUUGUGUAUAGAAAAUACUUUUGGGAUUCUUUCUUCUCGAUGGAGGAUUCUGCACAAAAGGAUGUGUUGCUCAGUAGAGAAUGCACAUAAUAUUUGUAAAGCCCUUGUUUGUUUACACAAUUUUGCUAUGAUCCAUAACAAUAAUCAGCGUGCUGAUCAAUAUUGUCCACCUAAUUGGCUAGAUGUAGAAGAUACAGAAGGAGGAUUAGUAGAAGGUCGUUGGCGUAUUAUAGGGGCUGGACAAUAUUUCAAAGAAUUGUCAAGAGUGGGACCUAACAGAGCUGGAGCUGUUUCUAUAGGUUUACGCAAUUAUCUUAAAGAUUAUUUUGUAUCACCCACUGGCAAUGCUCAAGUACCUUGGCAAUUUGAAAAAGCAUUGAGGAAAUCCAAUAUUAAUAUAUGUGUUUAGAGUGUAUAUGUAGAGUGUAUUAAUAUAGUACGUGUGUAUAUAUAGUUUCUACAUCUCUCUCAUAUGUGUUAAAGUCAGAUAUCAAAUAUAUUACUUGUAAAUAAACUUUUUAUUA